AUGGAGCCGGGUGAGGGCUGGGCCCCCUACGGGCGCCCUGCCCGCCGCACGCAGUGGCUGGUGAGCGCCUUGGCUUAUCACUACGGGCUGGACCGAGGCGUGGAGAACGAGAUCGUGGUGUUAGCCACCGGUUUGGAUCAGUACCUGCAGGAGAUCUUCCAUCACCUGGAUUGCUCCGGGGAAGGCAAAAUUCCCGAGGAGGAUUUCCGGACUUUGUGCCAAGUGUUAGAGCUGGAAGAGAAGGAGGAGCCCGAGGAGUGCGUAGGACUGAGGAAAAGCCACGCAAAGCAUAAGGAAGAGGGAACCUGUUUCCUAGGGAGCAAGAGACAGUUGGCACCGAACCACUCCCAGCCCAAGUGCCUGCAAAGUGUGAUGAAGGAAGUGGAGCUCCUCAGGAGCUCCAGGGAUGGGCAAAUUGAAGAGGCAAUCAGGUUCAAUCAAGAGCUGGAACGAGAGCUGAAGAGCUCUCAGGAAGCCCUGGUCAAUCUGGAAGACUGCAACCGUAACCUGAAGAGGGAACAAGCAGAAAUGAGGAAGAAGGUGGAAGAGGCAAGACACGCCGUCCUGAGCAGCCUUGGCAAGGUGAAGGAGCUGGAAGUGAAGGCCACCCAGGUGCCACAUCUGCACACCUACAUCCAGCAGCUGGAGUCGGAACUGCAGCGCUGGAGGUCGGAAACUUGGAGAUCCCAGCUGCCCUCGGAGAGCAGCCCGGGGCAGAAGGUGGGAGCAGCCCCAGCAGCUGGAAGGCAGGAGCGAGGAUCCCCAACUGGCGGAGCUGGGAUUGCAGAGAACGCAGAGGAUCAGCUGUUCCGAUCAGUGGAGGGCCAGGCUGCCUCUGAUGAGGAGGAGGAGAAGUGGGCAGACCAGCCAUCCCAGGUGGGCCCCAUGAAGAAAGCCCUGGCCAAGCUCCCUUGCUGCAGCAGUGGAUGUGAUGAAAAACCGUGGCCAAAGCCAAUGCCUUCCUUGGAGCCCAGCAACACUGAUGGCCAUGGCACAGCCCCUGGGGAGCUGGCAGAGAGGAGCUCACAGCUAACUGAUCAGCUUGGGCCUAAAGGGCAUGAAGUGAAGAAACUGGAAGCAAAGAUGGAAGAGAUAAAAGGCCCAUUGGUAGGUGAGCUGCAGCAGAAGGCAGAGGAGACUGAAGUGCUGAAGAUGGAGCUGCAGAUGUUGGAGACUGAGAGAGUCAGGCUGUCACUGGUGGAAGAAAAGCUCAUGGAUGUUUUACAGCUUCUCCAGCAACUUCGAGCCUUGAACAUAUCUAAGCGAGCCUUGGGGAAAAUCCUGCUGAGCACUUUGGAAUCCUGCCGAGACCCCCAACCUGGAAAAGCCCACCUAGUUGAAGUCCUAGAUACCCUUUACCAGGAGCUGACAGCCUGUGAACUCUUACAAAGCCAGCCUCUGGGGAAGGCGCAGGGUCGCCAGUCCUUGGCCAACCCUCUGGUCAUCUCGUGCUGA